CUAGAUCACCAAAACAUUUCUACGUAGAAACUCGCUUUUGACUAUAUUGGUUGGUUGUGUAUCAAUUAUUCAAUUUGGACUUGAUGAGUUUGCUUUCGUAAAACAUGAUUCUCCAAUGGAUGCGGAUUAAAACCAUAAAUAUCAUGAGUCUUGUUGAGUUUCUCUACGUUGACAACAUGGGCGGUGGCACUCCAACAACUACCAUCUACGAAGAUCAUUUCUUCUUUCUAAUUUUUUUUUUAAUCUCGUAUAUUAAAUUAUUUUAUACCAAUCCGGUAUUAACGUUGAGGAUAUGAAAUAUUAAGAGAAACUUGAAACGAUGCAAUAAACCAGUACCAAGAACGGAUCAAUAACGAUCGUGAUUAGAAGCAAAAACUUAAGAAAACCAAAAAGUUAUGGGGCAUGCCUUUCGAUCUUGAACUGAAGUGGCUCGACAGCAAGCAAUCAUGAGCAAGAAGAAGAAGGCAGAGUAGGCAAGCUUGAGGGCCAGAAGCCGGGAGGAUGGAGAACUGCUACUUGUCCCUGUUAUCCCCAUGGCUGCCUUAUAGGAAUUGUUUAGAUUGGAGGAAAGAUGUCUCUUUCCAGUUUAGGGCUUAGGGUUUUAUAGAUAGUAAUGGAGAAGGGAAAACAAUAAAAAACACCAUUCCAAAAUUAGAGAUCAAUGGCCUUCUGCAGAGAGACUGAAAAAGACAGGAAUUGAUAUCAAUGAACCAGGCUGCAGAAGUUCUCCCCCCUGAUUAAUUCCAUGUCUUUGUCAAUGCUCAAUGUUAUAUUAUGUGGAGAACCAAAAACCAACUUAUUCUCCAUUGUAUUUUUUUUCAGAUUAUAGAGGACGAUAUUUUAUCAUGUGGAGAACCAAAAACUGACUUAUUAUGCAUUUGUAUUUUCUUUAUUCAAACUUAAAGAUACAAUCUACUUAUUUGAACCGUCAACAAUUAGUUGUCUCGAUCGUUUGAGUUGUUGGAAGAUUUUCAAAAAUAAAAAUUAUAUUAAUUUAGGAUGUAAAAUAAAAAAAAUAACCAAUCUAUUGCGGUUAACCAUAUUUUGGAUAAAAAAAAUUUGUCAUAGUUAAGGCCUAAAAAUGUUUUACACAAAGAUAUUAAAUUCCUUAAUUUUCUUACUUCUUGCUCAAGCCUCAAGAGUAUCCCUCUGAGGCUCUGACCCACUAGAACAAGCCCGCUGAAAUUGUUGGACCUAAGUCCAGCGUCAAUUUUACCUCAAAAUGAUCCGACUGUUUAUUUGGGCCAACAUAACAGUGGCCCCGGCCCGUGAAUACCCGAACCCCCCAAAAUUUCGCUCCUAAAUCCAAACAAACAGCCGUUUCGCAUGCCCUUUCGUCCCUUAUUUCUCUGGCUCUGGGUUUUUUUCCCCUCUCUUUCUCUCUCUUCCCCUGCCUCCUCCUCCCUUCCAACCUUUCUCUCCCUCAGGUGGAAGAACAAAAGAAAAAAAAUGGAAACAACCAAAAUCCAAUAGCCAAAAGAAACCCAAAACAACCAAUAAGCGUCAAACUUCUUUCCGCCAUAUUUUUAUGGUAUUUCCCCCCUGCCGAUAACUUCUUCCCCACCUGUUCUUAGAUUUUCUUCCCUCCCUGAUUCUGUUUUCCGGUUGGCAGGCUGAACCCAGAAUCAGAACAGCAACAAAAUGGCGUACAAAGUGGAUCAUGAGUACGAUUACCUCUUCAAGAUCGUCUUGAUCGGCGACUCCGGCGUCGGCAAAUCCAACAUCCUCUCGCGGUUCACCCGCAACGAGUUCUGCCUCGAAUCCAAAUCCACCAUCGGCGUCGAAUUCGCCACCAGGACCCUCCAGGUGGAAGGGAAAACGGUGAAGGCGCAGAUAUGGGACACGGCAGGGCAAGAGAGGUACAGAGCAAUUACAAGCGCGUACUACAGGGGAGCCGUGGGAGCGCUACUGGUCUACGACAUAACGAAGCGGCAGACGUUCGACAACGUGCUGCGGUGGCUCCGCGAGCUGCGCGACCACGCGGACUCCAACAUCGUGAUCAUGAUGGCCGGGAACAAGUCCGAUUUGAACCACCUGAGGGCGGUGUCGGCGGAGGACGCCCAGAUGUUGGCGGAGAAGGAAGGGCUCUCGUUCCUCGAGACGUCGGCGCUGGAAGCGUUCAAUGUGGAGAAGGCAUUUCAGACCAUCUUGCUUGACAUCUACCAGAUCAUCAGCAAGAAGGCGUUGGCCGCUCAGGAAGCGGCCAAUGCCUCUGGAGUGCCGCAGGGGAAGUCCAUUAACGUCGCCAAUCUCAAUGGUAACGCUAACAAUAAAACCUGCUGCUCCAAUUGAUCUGAGUUUCCGGAUUUCAUUUUCCAUUUUUUGCCCCGAAUUCGCCUGUUAAUUUUUGUUUGAUCUUUUUUUGGGUUUCUGCUUUCUGCUUGUUUACGGUCCGUAAUGUAUUCGAUGAUGGUAGAGCUUUUAGUUUGUCAUGAUCAAAGAGAGAAAUGGGUAGACAAGAAUUUUUCCGUUUGUUCCUCACUUUUGUUUUGUGUGUUUUGUGUGUUUGGCUGUCGAUGGUUAGUAUAGGUGGGGGUUAUGUAUUUGUAAGGAUUUUGUAUGAUCAUUACUGUUUGUGCUUGUAAUCACUAAUCAUAUGCUAAUUUCUGUCACAUUCACUAAUUGUUUAAUGUUAAUUGUGACAGUAAGGAAUUUUUUUCUCAAGUUAUUGCCUUGUACACAUAAAUCAUAUUAGUUAUUUAGAGUAAACAUUAGAAGUUAAUAUUUCCAUCAGAAUCGUAUCAAAUGUAAGCAUAUUGUUGGUUGGGGAUUAUGUGCUCUACUAAUACAAGCAAAAUGAUUGUGCUCUAUGUAAAGUGCAGCUAAAGAGAAAUAUUUAGAACACUGGGAUUAGUUCAGCAAUAGAUAAACAUUGAGCUUAUGUUAAGGUUGUCAACAUGGUUUUAACAAUUAGUCCGGUUGAGAAAGUGGGUUAAGGAUUGAUGAUCGAAUUGGUUUAGGCUAAUAACUCAAAUAUGUGAAUAAACUUAUCAUAUUGUGCAUAUUUAUAUAUAAAGAGUGGCUUCUGUUGUACUUGGGGUGAAUCUAGAACACUGCAUAUCCUUAGUAAAAAACACUAUCUAAACUUACUAAAUUUGGGGUAUGAUACUAUAUCCUUAGUAAAAAAUACUAUCUAAACUUACUAAAUUUGGGGUAUGAUACUAUAUACUUAAACCUAACAACUAAUUUGCACCUGUGUAUUGUCAAUCUUGUUAACAACAUGAGGGAAAAGAGGAAUAUCUAGUAAGCCUAACAUUUUUGGCCAAAUAAAAAAAAAAGUCUCCAAAUUUAUAUUCAAAAUUUUGUUGCUAUAAAUCUCAGUUUAAUUGAUCAAUUUCAUCUUCCAUGAUGCCCAAAAACUAUGAUUCAUUUGGGUUUACAAGAUUGAAUAAACUAAGUAUACUUGGAAAAAAAUAAUUUCACUCCAUGAACAAGUUCUUCAAUCACAUAACAUUUAUGAACAAUGGUGGUAUCGAAUGCCAUAGUCAUGCGACGCAAAAAAUUUAUCUUGCAAUAACACGACACAUGGCGGUAGACAUGUUCAUUAAAAUAAACUUGUAUUUUGCUUACAUAUAAAAAUGGUUACAAUUUGAAUAAUUUGACUCGAGAACUAAAGUUGAUAAAAUAAAUAAUUUUUUAUUGUCUUCUCUUUCUCGCCCUUAAGGGAGAGAUGAAUAAUUAGCUUAAUAAAAGUCUAAUUAUUCGAGAAAUCUUUUGAACUGCAAAUAAAAUCUUCAGUUAUUGGAAUUGCGAAGGUUAUUAAACGAAAAAAGGAAAUGAUAGUAGAGAACGAUUCAAUACACUGAAUACAGAAACAAUUGGGAGAGGAAGAGAGAUUUAUUUUAGCUUUGUUAAUUGCCACUAUAACCUUGCCUGAGAAUAAGAAGAAAUUUAAAAUUUUGAA